AUGCCAAAUGUGAACGCCUAUCCCAUCCCUCACGAUCUUUUCAUCCAAGAACUCCCGCCUUCGCCGACAUUGACCAACCCCGACAUGAUCCUUCCGUACCAACCCAUUGAUGCUUCCAGUCCGACUCCGUUCGCUUCAUCGCCGACCCUACAAACAUCGCUACCCGUGCGACCCGACUCCGCAGUCUCCUUGGGUUCUUCACAACCGGAUCACGAUGCCUCGAUCGAAGUCGGAAUCGCGACAACCGUGAGGAUGCCUCCGCGCGCAGCACCUCUUAUCGGCGCCGGCUACGAUGGUUACGAGCAUGGGGCACCCUUGAGCGACAUUGGAGAGGAGGAAACUCCCAGGUCAAGGAAAAGCAGGAGAGCAGACAAUUUAGUCAGAUCGAACGCAGGGUCACCCACGCCCGCUGGACGACCGUCGCACAUGAUGCGAAGAAUGAGCACACAGUCGUCGUCAAGCAAUAGCUCUGAUCUGGGAGAUUGGGAAGAUUUCGACACAUCGAACAUUAUGAAUGAAAGGCUGGCUGCAGACGUAGCGAACGUGUCGGACGACGAGAUGGAUGAGCCCGAUAGUAGGAGGAACUCGACUGUGGCAGCAAGCCCAGAGGAUGAAAUGACCUUACUCAACGAGCAAGCCGAAAGGAUUCUUGCGAACGCGCGGAAAAGGUUGACGCAUAUGGAAGACCAUCUGACCAAAGCUCGUCAUAGCAUCCUUAUGUUGGCCAGAUCAUCACCGAAUGCGUCGGAGCAACAUCAGCCUGCUGGCGGGCUGUAUCGUUCUAUUUCGGCAGCAGGAGCAAGCCAUCGCAAGCCCCGGCACCUGUAUCCCGUCGUCAGAUCAAGUUCGGCAGCGCACACUAGAGGUGGAAGCGAUGUGUCGAGCGCAGGGCUGAAGCGUCUUUCUGUCGUCCCGGACGUCAGGUCUGCGAGUGCUCUUGAGUAUGGCCGAAGACAAGAAUCGCCGCAAGCCCAGAAUUCGCCGGCGAGUAACCACAGCUUCAAUUCGCCUUUGCGCGUGCUUCAGGAAGAACAGGACACUCCCAGUACAAGCAAGACUUCUCCGGAAUCCUCGGUUCCGAGGGGUUUGGGUAUAAAUACUUUUGCGGCCCUUUCAAAGGAAGACAUUUCUGCCACCAUCAGCAGCCCAGCGACUGCUAUCCCUAGCUCUCCUUCGGCAAUGUCCAGCCGGUCAAAAGAACUCCGAGAACAAAUGUCGGAUUUGCGAGCUCGGAUUUCUGAUCUGAAGGAAAAAGCUCAUGCUGAUAGCUUGAGGAGACAGAGCAUGCAGAGCAUUCGCAACUCAAGCCCGUUCACCGACGCCCAUACGCCAGAGCAAUGGUACACUAGCGCGCCCGAGUAUAAAGAAACAGGAAGCCCGCUCAACACAAAUGCUGGAAAGGGAUGGAGCCCGCUCAGUACGAACGGUGGUCAGGACUGGAGUCCUUCUCGCAGCAAAAGACCUGUGGAGAUACAAAUCACACCAGUGACUCCGCAAGCACAAACAUUCAGGAAUGUCAAACAGCCCACGACGGAUGAUUCCAGACUGUUAAGCGAGGCAAGGACAGACAAGAACACUCCUAGCCUACACCGAGCUGUCGAUUUGAAGCCUGCUGGGCAGGAUGACUCGAUCUCCAUCAUCCAAGAAUCACUGUACGAGGACGCGGCGCAAGAGUUCGACGACGAAGAGCCGGUAGCAGCUUCGGAAGAAGAACAGAUCUAUUUGAACGAAGUCUUAGAGGAGAGUCUGCAGGAGGCAGAGCCAGAUCUUCCAGAGCUUGUCGAGCUUUCCGCGGAUGGUGCAGCAGAGCGACAUGAAGACCGAGUCGAUGCGUUCGACUACGAGAACAUGUUCCUUCACAGUGCCUUGGGCAAUUACACUGGUACUGGUACUAGAAGUGAAUCUCCUAGCGAGAGCGACAGCAGUAGCACAGCAACUACUCGAGUUGAUCAGAACACCCCCACCACAGACGAUGGUAAAGGCGAGACAGACACGGUCACGGAUGCCGGCACAGAAGAGGAAGAUGAGGAAGAAGUAGGAGGAGAAGAAGAAAGGGAAGAAGCGACCACUCCUGUUCAAGAGACUUUCCCGACAUCGAUUGUCGAACCCGACCCCACGACUUACCUUGCAGCGCCUGUCAAACCUUGGACGAAAGCAGUACGCAGCAACAGUAUGGAUUCUGUCUCGACAGCCGCCACCUUCGCCACGGCCGCGGAAGGAGACGGUGGUGCAGAGGAGGAGGAAGACAACGACGUACCGAGUGAGAUCCUCCAGUGGGGAAAUGGCGGCGGCGCUGGUGCAACAACAGGAUUCCCUCUACCGCCAGUGAGUCCCAAACGAGAAGUUUCUGUUCCUCCUCCUCCUAUGUCGCCUUCACCUUCAUGGGGCGGACGCGUCCAGCAAGGUCCCAGCAGGACACCACAUAUAGUCCAGACUCCUACAUCCGUCGUCGUUUCGAACGGCAUGCCUACCCCUCCCAUGCAGUCUCCGGGCACUCGGUUCGCGGCAUCCUCGGGAAUCAGCCAGUUGAAACCCGUCCAGCCCGACGACGGCGUAGUCGACCAUCCUGCAAACACGGAGAUUCUUAUGGAAAGCCUGGUCAAGCUCGCGGAUCCGGAUUUCAAGAUUGCCGAAGGUCGGGAGUCAGUCACGUUCUCUGACGUCGACAAGGGGCUUGUCCUUGAUCUUCUUCGAGCUGUUGGCGGUGUGUGUAAUGAGAUCCUGAAGGCAGAGAUGGCUCACGAAAUCCGGGCCGUGAAGGUCUUGCGGAGAAGGCUGGAUGACUCGCGGAAGUUGUUGGAAGGUCAUACGAUCCAAUGA